GUACGAUUAAUUUCAUGCAUUUCUUUCAUUAACUCUGCUGUACAUAUCAGAUGCUUGAUGAAACGAUAGAUGUGUCACUGAUAGACUGUCGACAGCCAGAAGGCCUAAAAAUAACAAAAUCUACACUUUGUGUCGUUUGGGCAUCAGUAGUCAUCAGUAGACAAGGCUUACAAAAUGACGACCUUCUGCAUAUAGCGCGUAGCUUUGCCAGAAGUGAGUACAUGGGAUUGUGUGUCCAGUUCGUCAUAGUAUCACCCUUUUCACUAUGCAGAAUAUACUCAAACGGACGCCUAGUUAUUAUGGGCACCCUAACAGAGUCACAGGCCAAGGAACAACUUAAAAGGGUUGUCUACAAACUAAGAUACCGAACGAAAUGGAAAGUUAUAAUGCACCCAAAUCAAGAAUCACAUGGUAAUGGAUUGGAAUGGACAUAUAUUACCAACCACAACGUGCUACCGGUGAAUGAGAUCGCAAAGAACAUAACCAUAGAUCAGCUAUAUUGCAAGGUCGUUUUCGACGGACCAAUAAAUCUUAGACUACUGUUACAUAACGGCAGAAAAGCGAAACAUCACAUUACCAGCUUGUCCAAUAUAUGUGUUAGAUUACAAAUAGAUCUCCCGAAUCCGCCAACGGACCCUGAUACUAUGCCCACGGCAGAAAAUCCUGUAUGGGAUGCUGGGAUAGAACUGGAACGUGAGUUGGAAGUGGAACUAGCACGCAUAACACAAGAGAAAACACGAUGUGCCACUUGUAUUAUAUACAAAAGUGGUAAAUUAGCCAUCUUAGGCUGUAAUAAUCGCGAAGAAAUAAAAUAUGCCUUUAACAUAUUGGCGGAAUUGCUAUGAAACAACAGCAUAAAAUACAUACAAU